AUGCCUGACGAGCGGACAGGAUCGAGGCUGACGUGGCUCAACUCAGCAAUAUGUGGCAACCAAAAUGCUCAAACACUCGUUGAUAUGAUUCAGAUCGGACAGUGGUAUGGUACAAAGGCUGAAAAGUCGAGACCACGCAAGGAACCCUACCGCCCAACAGUCAAGUUCCGCGAUAUCGACAGAGACCUCCUUCACGCUAUUGCCACUGGAGUCAAGCCAGCCACCGACAACGCAACACCCGAUCCAGACACUGGACACGACAGCGACGACUCGGAGGACUUGCUGGAUGAUGUCGAGGAUGACCUCAUAGACUGUCGCAAAGAUAAUGAGGUACCAGAGGAUGAUUUUUUGCAGGUGGACGAAGAUAUUCACCUUGGCUCUCCUUUAUUGCGUGAUUUGAUCUCCACGGUACCCGUCGUCGGCUCCCAGAAUGUUCGAGUGACCCAGGACACUGUUCCUGUGUCGAACGGGGGGGCAACCGAUUGGAAUUUCUAA